GUAUUGAUUUCGUGAACUUUGAGCUGGUUGUUUGUACUUUAAAAUGGCUGCUGCUAUAAGAAGAAUUAUUAGCACCUCAAAAGCUCCCCAACCAGGUGCUUCACCUUAUAAUCAGGCUGUAGUAUGGAAUAACACUGUUUUUGCAUCUGGAGUUUUGGGAAUGAAUAAAGAAACUAUGAAACUUGUACCUGGUGGUGCAGCUGAAGAAGCCAGACAAGCACUCAAGUCUAUAGGUCAUAUUUUGGAAGCUGCGGGAUCUUCGUAUACUAAAGUAGUCAAGAGUACCAUUAUGCUUAAUGAUAUUAAUGAUUUUGCAGCCGUUAACGAAGUAUACAAAGAAUUUUUCAAAAAGGAUUUUCCUGCCAGAUCCACUUAUCAAGUUGGUAAAUUACCUUUGGGAGCAAGUGUUGAAAUUGAAGUUAUUGCAGCUACUGGAGAAGUUACAAAUGUUACUUCCAAAAUUUAAUAAAACCAUAUAUUAAUUAUAGUCAGUUUAUAUUUUUAUAUAA